AUGAAAAUCAGCAGUGCUAACGAAAAUCCUCUGAAGAAAUCAUUUUUGGGAAUAUUAUCAGAAAUACUAGUGGAACACAAUGAAACCUCGAAUUCGCUUGUUCAAAUUUUGAGUAGAAAACUGUCAGGUUUUAACAGAAAAUAUGUAAAACGAUUUUCCAAUAGAAUUAUUAAUGAUGAAAUGGAAAUGCUAGCCAUGAUUAGCAACAAUGAAUCUGAAACUGUUUCGGAAUGGAUCACAUCCAUGCGAAAGGACUUAAUUUUGAAAAUGCUCUAUUCGUGCUACAUUUCUCAAACGGCAAAGUAUGCAAUUUUAAACAAACUCUUAGAAAAUAGAGAACCAAUCCAGAGAAGUAAUAUUUUACUUUCCGUCUUGGUUCACUAUUCGAGCAUUGUAACUGUUGGUACCAAUUUAUGGAUUGAAAACCAAAUUCGCUCCCUAUUGGAAAGGAAAAAACUUGGGCUUAUUGAGGAUGAAACCAUUUUAUUGAUAAGGAGCUUUAAAGCAUUUAGAAUUGACAAAAUGGAACAAUCAGCUGGCCCUUUAAAUUAUAAUUAUGAUGGAACCUGGUUUGCUCAACAAUUGAAGCUCAAUAGAGAUUGGAAUGAAUUGAUGCGAAAGAUUGCAGAUGAAAAGCAACUCUCAACCAUCACAAAAACUCUCUACGCAGCCAAUCCUAAGAAGAUUGGUAAGAUUAAAUAUGGGAAAAGAUGGUAUGAUGAUAAUUUGGAGCCAGAUAAAUGGAAACUCAAUCCUGAGGAUAAAACAUGGGAAUAUGAUAAGAGAACACAACAAAAGAAUCGAUCUAAUGAUGUCACUAACUCGGAAGAAAUUAAUCUUACUAUCAAUGAUACUUGGCACUUGACUAUUAGUACAAAAACAUUUUUAAUUAACGAUCCAUCAUUCCAAAGAAUGAUAGUUCCAAAACAAGAAAAUAAUUCAUCACUGUGUUCUCUAUCAGCAUGGGAAUCAUUAGCCUUGUGUAAAUUUACGGAAUCAAUUCAAAAUUAA